UUUCAAAAACGCUUCAGUCACUGUCAAGAGGAGAAGUUGAAGGAUUAUUGUAGAAAUUGCUCGGAGAUUUUCAGUUAAGUCAUGAGUGAACUUGGAGAGGAGAACUGGUGUAUUAUGGAGAUUGUGAUAAGAUACUACAACCAGUUAACUGUGUGUAUGGACAUCGUAUCCAGUCUCUCUGAUUGCUUUUACCCUAAUCGUGUUGUGGAGCAGGAGUUUGUGAAGAUACACCAGCAGUACUUCAGCCUUUGCAGCAAUGAAGAGGAUUUACUGGACGCCCCGGCUGGAGUCGUGCUUGUGUCCACUCUGCUGCCUAUCCUUCUCAUACCCUUCAUAGUGUACAUUGUGGUCUGGAAGAGUAGUUUAAGGGACUGAAUGCUUUUACAUUAUCCCAGAAAGUGAUAAAAACUCUUUACUCACCCUCAUGUCAUUCCAAACCUGUGUGACUUUCAUUCUUCUAAAGAAGAUAUUUUGGAGUUGUUGUUUUUCAGAGCAAUGAAAAUGAUUGGAAUGAACUUAGGGUAAGUAAAUGAAGACUCAGUUUUUAAAGUAAGAGCCAUCUUUAAAGUAAAGGUUGAAUGUAGUAUACAGUUUGUGUGGCUCACAAUGAUGUAAAUAAAAUACACACAGUGGGUGUGUGAUUUUUCUGCACACUAAGAGUAAAAGAGUUUGAUAUAAUGUAAGAUUUGUGAUCACGAUAUUAAUAUACUGUGACACUGAAUUAUUUUUAAUGAAAUACUGAAUGCAUGUAUUCUGCUGUACUUUAUUCUGUUGUUGAAUGUCAGUGUUUAAGUUUGAAACUUGUUCAACAAAUGUAUAUCUAAAAAUACAUUUAACAAAAUAUGAAGGGCUUGUUUUGAAUACAUUAAAUAAGGAUAUUCAUAAUGCAUGCAUAAUGCCUU